CCAUCUAGUACUGGUCCGACCUGGAGCUGCUAGACUAAGGUCUUUUAUCAUUAGGACGCCGACGUUUCAGAUUUUAUCACAAAAUCCACUUCAGUCAGGUACAUCAGAGCAAAGGUAACAAGGACUGAAAGCUGCACAAGUGAUUUUAAAAUGAACUGUUGUUUCCUUGUCGUCCUUAUAGCCAGUCUCCUAUGCACCAGCCAUGGGCAAAAUGUUCACAGCCUGGACAUGUUUGGUCUGAUCAACAUCCUCUACAUGAAAGCUGACCAAAACCUCGAUGGUGUCAUCAGCAGGUCAGAGCUGGACAGCGUUUACACCGGCUUUGACCGCAACCGGGACAAAGUGAUCUCGCAGACAGAGUUUACCUCCCUCUGGACGGCAAUAACUCAGAUGACCCAGGAGGAGGCAACAGCCUUCUUCCUACUCGCAGAUCUCGAUGACAACGAACAAAUCGACUCCAACGAUUUGAGCGCCAUUUAUCAGCGCUUUGACCUCAAUGGUGACGGCAACGUGCAGGCCGAGGAAUUCAACCUCAAGUGGCAACAGUUGUAUCACGAGGCGCCGAUCGCCGUUCUGUACACUGAGGCCGACACCAACAAGGAUGACGAGCUCCAGGAAGCAGAGUUUUCUCGCCUCUUCUCUCCCUUUACCUCGAAAUCCGACGGUUCAGUGACAAAAGCUGAUUUUGAAAGCGGUUGGACCAAGUCCAUUGGCUUUGCAGCCGACGCGGACUCUGUUUUUCGUCUCUGGACACCAACCAUGAUGGCAUUCUCACGACAGGGGAAGUCAGCCAUGCAUUCCAUACCUUUGACGUCAGCCGUGAAAAUGGCGCCUGUGACUUUUCUGCUUCUCGUGGCGAUGAUAAGCCCGUCUGUGUUCUCCAGCUUCCGAGCCCUUGAAGGAGACUGUGCUUUUCGACUGGCGGACUCCAACCAAGAUGGCUUUCUUCUGAUGCAAGACCUUUUAAAAAUCUUCUUCAGUUUUGAUACAAACAAUGACACCAUAGUGACGAGGACAGAGUUUAUCGCCGACUGGACCACACGCUUUGACCUGGGCAACAGAGGGGAGGCGUCCAGGCUGUUUGACCGCGCUGACGUCACAAAGGACGGUCACAUCGGGCGAGAUGACCUGCCUGAGAUCUUUGCUUACUUUGACAUGAAUGGUGACGGCCAUGUGGAUAAGAACGAGUUUCUCACCCAGUGGAGUGACCUGCGUCUAGAGGCCAUAGACACCAUCAUCCUCACACCUCGAACUGGCUAGACAUGCUACAUGCAUAUAUAUGUAUACAAACAAACAAACACAUAUAUACAAACACACAUGCACGCACGCAUAUACACACAAAACACACACACACACAUAUGUAAAAGGUUCUCCUGUCAUCGCGCACUUCUGAUGACAAACGAUGAAAUAAAAAAACUGUAGAUAAGU